UUACUCGUUCAUUUACCCACGGUGAAUGCACUAAUAGAAAUUAUUAAGCCAAGGAAAAUAAUAGUCCGUGCGGUCCAAUGGACCCGAAUUUAAGGAAUGCGGCAGAGUCUGCUCGAUUAGUUGAAUUCAAUGAACUUAAACGUAUCCUAAUGGGUUACGGAUUAUAUGAAGAAGGCAUGAAAAUGGAGGAGCUUCGCCAAAUGGUUGAAGCCCUACGCCUUUCUCAGCAAGAAGCAGAUAAAACCGACUUAGAGAAGGCCAUUAAAGCAAGUGAAAUGGACAAUGUGCCACAAAAUUUCCCGCCUCCACCUAGGAGUGCGAGCGGAUACGAAUUUAGACAGGCCAUAUAUCCGACAAGCCGUAGCAGGCUAAGUGUCUCUCUGAGUGACAAUCCUGACAUUCCUUCAACAAGUUCUGCUAGCCGUCUAUCAGCAGUGUAUCAGCAGGACUUACCCCUACCACCUAUGCCACCACCCCCAACCCCACAAUUGGCUUCAACUUUAAGUAGCCCUGAUACAUCGAGCUAUGUGUACUUUGUUGAAGCCGAAGUCCACCACCCGAAUGAUUGGAGUCCUGCUCAUCAGCGCACGCAAAAAGAUUUGCAAAAAUGUGAACAUUCCGAAUUACCUGAUGAACUCCCAUUAACUGAGGAACCUCAGCUACCUGAACAACCGCAACUUCCAGAUCAAUGUCCUCCAUGUCCUCCACCAGAGCUGCCCCCUGAGCAACCUCCUUUAGAUGAGUUGCCUCCAUCACCUGAGCAGUAUCCAUUACCGGAAAUACCAAGAGUGGCUGAGCAACCUCAGUUAGCACAGCAGCCUCAGUUGGAUGAGCAAAUUCUGUUGCCAGAUCAAUAUCAGUUGCUGCUAUUAGAACAACCGCUGCACCUGCAACAACAAGAGCAGGAGCAUAGACAUCAACAUCAUCAUCACCAUCAUCAUCAUCAUCGCCAUCAUCGCCAUCAACAUCAACAUCAAUAUCCAAUUCAACACCAACAUCAAUAUCCAAAUCAACACCAACAUCAAUAUCCAAAUCAACGCCAACAUCAAUCUCCACAUUCUCAUCAACAUCAAUAUCCACAUCAGCAACAAUAUGUAUAUCAACAUCAACAUCAAUAUCCACAUCAACAUCAACACCUACAUCAACAUCAACAUCAAUAUCCACAUCAACACCAACAUCAAUAUCCACAUCAACAUCAACAUCAACAUCAACAUCAUCAACAUGAACAUCAACACCUUCAAUAUGAACGUGAACACCAUCAACAAGAACAUCAACAUCAACAUCAACAUCAGCAUCAGCAUCAUCAACAUGAACAUGAACAUGAAAAUCAUCAACAUCACCAACAUCACCAACGACAUCGUCAUCGCCAGCAGCAGCAACGCCGUUCGGCGUUAGGUCAUCUACAUCAACAUAACCAUCUUGAUAUAUUUAAUCGGUUCUACAAUGGCGAUCAAGAUCCAGAUGACUCCAAUAUGCCAAAUGGCCACAGCAGGUCUCAGUAAACGCUGGACCAGCAGAGGCAGGUUCAUAGAUGCAAACCAUAGUAACAUAGGUAAUGUUCGUCAAAAUAAAUUGGAAAAAAAACUAGUCA